AUGAGGAAAUUCACAUUUAAGCCUUUCAAAGGCGACAAGACGUCCUCUGCAGAUGAUUCAACGGAACCUCGAAACCAAACCCAGAGACGAAGAGAGCAGGUUCGCAAAGCACAAAAAACCCACCGCGAACGAAAGGAAGCAUACGUCGCGUCACUAGAAACCGAGGUCGUACGCCUCCGCGCCAAUGAAGCCCGCUUGGAGUCAGAAACCAAAGCGCUGUAUGCUGAAAACAAUGUGCUGAGAAAACUCUUGACACAACAAGGCAUUCCAGUGCCAGCAGAAACUGUACGAGGGCAUCUGAAUGACAUCGCCCAUCCAGCUUCCACCAGCCCAGACAAUUACUCAACCUCCUUCUCAGAUGCAGCAACCGACGACACCAUCACACUAUCUAUAGCGCAUGAAGACCCCAGCGCCAAACGAAAAAACCGUAGAAAACAAAUCUAUAUCCAGCAUCCACAAGCCUUACCCAGACUCAACCCAUCCGCCUCAGCCACCAACUUCCCCCAACCCAUCUCACCCCCCUCCUCCGGCUCUCUACCAUCGCACCUCGCAUCUCCCAUCAAUCCCACUCCAACACCAGCCGCCAAACUCAGCACUAUGGACCCCGAAGCCCUAGGCAUGGACUUUGUCCUGACCCUCGAAUCCCCCUGCCUCUCCCAUAUCGACGUCGGCCCGCCCUCCUCCUCACAGCACUCCGAUUCACACUCCACAGAUUCAGGCACAGCCUUAACAACAUCCACCGGCCACGCCCUCACCCUCUCCGCGACACUCCUCCACACACACCCUUCCCCCGCCGGCCAGCGCCUCCACUCGUCUAGCGCCUGGCGCGUCCCCCGCGCCAGCCUCUCCCAACUACUGCAGCUGUCUGCCCAGAUUCCGCUACCAGACGACGAAGUGACGCCGAUCCAAGCCUGGGAGUUUGUGCGACAACAUGAGGGGUUCGGGGGGUUGGAUUUUGCUCGCUGGGAGGUGCUAAAGGAGAAAUUAGUCGCGGCGGUCAAGUGUCAUCAAUUUGGGGGUGUGGUGGCGAAGGAGGUACUGGAAAAUAGUGUCUUUGAAGCGUUUGUCGUGGGAAGGGUAUUUUGA